AAGGCGGAACGGAAGUAGAGAAUCACGCAGUUGAGUCGUGCACAAAUCAAAAUUGUAGCUUGAAGUACAUUACUAACUUAUAUUUUUGUGAGUUUGUAAGUGAACUUAUUAAUAAAAUAAAUUGUAAAUACUUACAGAAUAACAAGAGGAACAGAUACCAAAAGGACACGUCAUGGACAGUUUGGCUCGUGCUAACAGUUUGUUCGCGCUGGACCUCUAUCGGGCUCUGAGCGCGAGCAGCAGCGCGGAUGGAAACAUGUUCUUCUCUCCUCUGAGCAUCAGCGCAGCGCUUAGCAUGGUUUGUCUGGGGGCACGAGGAGACACGGCCAAAGAAAUGGCAAAGGUUUUGUCCUUUACAUCUGUCCCUGAUGUUCACUCCCAUUUUGAGUCCCUCACCUCAGCUAUCAAUAAUCCAUCAGCAUCUUACAUACUCAGACUGGCCAACCGCAUCUAUGGAGAGAAAACCUUCAGCUUCUUACCUGAGUAUUUGGACUCCACCCUGAAGAUGUACCAUGCUGAACUGCACCCAGUGGACUUCACUGGCGCAUCUGAACAAUGCAGACAGAUCAUUAACAAAUGGGUUGAAGAGCAGACAGAGAAUAAAAUCAAAGAUCUUCUGAAGCCUGGUAUGGUGACAGGAAUGACCCGUCUUGCUGUGGUUAAUGCUAUCUACUUCAAAGGAAACUGGAUGCACACAUUUAAUCCUCAACAAACUAAAGAAAUGCCUUUUAAAAUAAACAAGAAUCAAAGCAAGCCCGUAGAAAUGAUGUACCAGGAAAAAGAGAUUCCUUUUAGAAACAUUCCUGAAGAGAAACUGCAGGUUCUGGAGCUACCGUAUGUACAGAAUGAGCUCAGUAUGUUGAUCCUUCUUCCUGAGGAAACUCAGGACGGCUCAGACCCUCUUCUAAAGCUGGAGAGCGAGUUGACCAUUGACAAGCUGCUUGAGUGGACCAAAAGUGACAAAAUGGUGAGAUGGAUGGAUAUCAACGUUUAUUUGCCGAAGUUUAAGCUGGAGAUUGAGAGCUCACUUUCAGAAAUACUGGAGGGGAUGGGUAUGACCUCUUUGUUCCAGAGGUCUAAGGCUGAUCUAACAGGUAUGAGCAGUCAGGGUGGCCUGUUUCUUUCAUCAGUGACCCAUAAGGCUUUUGUUGAGGUCAACGAGGAAGGCACUGAGGCAGCAGCAGCAACUGCAGGCAUCAUGCUUUGUUGUAUCAGCGAACCAAAAUAUUUUAAAGCAGACCACCCCUUCCUGUUCUUCAUUAGGCACAACCCUACUAACAGCAUUCUCUUCAUUGGCAGAUUCAGAGGCCCACCUUAGUAAUGUGUUGUUUCUAAGCCUUCCAAAGUAUGCUUAUUUGAGUGUAAUGCAUUAGACCAUGUCAUCAUUCAUAAAGAUUUUAAUGUAAAGGGGAUUUUCCAUUGUUAAGUAUAUUAUUCUGGUCAUACAUAUGCUUUAUACUAUCACUUACUAUUAAUAUUUAUGAAUAUAGUACAUUUAUGAAUAGCUUUUUGCAUGCGCGUUAUCUCUACCAAUAAAGCACGUUGGAAUUCAACUUGCCUAUAUGAUGCACACACUGUUAAAUAAAUAUUUUACAGGUAAUGGUCAUUUUUUUACAGAUUUUUUGUAUUAAACAAUAAAAUUACUGUUUUUAAAAUACAUUCUGUUAUAUAGGCCCGGUUUCACAGACAGGGCUUAGUUUAAGCCCAGACUAACCCUUAGUUAAAUUAGGAUAUUUAAACUAUUUUUAUCAAAAUGCCCCAGUAAAAAACAUUACUGGUGUGCAUCUUGAUACAAAACAAUGGCGUUGACAUACUUUAAGAUGUUUUAAGGCGAGUUAUUUUUAGUUAAGACUGCUCAAACAUUCAUUUUAGUCUGGGAUUAAGCCUUAAGCCUUGUCUGUGAAACCGGGCAAUAAAGUUUUACCAUUACAGGUAAUUCAACAUAAUUUCUAUUACAUAAAUAUUAUGUGAGUAAAGGCAAAGUAAUAUUUGACAGAUUUUUCCUGUGAAGAAAUUAAUCUACUUAAAAGAAAGCAUGCUUUAGGAUUCUGUGUGUCAGCCUUCAGCUCUGAGUAAAUAGCAGUCCAUUCACAUUCACUUUUCCUAUGUACUUCACAGUUACAAUUUAGAGGUUAAAUUGAACAUUUGCAGGCUUCAUUUAAGUGUUUUAUAUGUUUUUAUUUUAACACAUUACAUUACAUUACAUUUUCACAUAAUGCCACACUUUUAUGUCGUGUCUUCAUUUCAAGGUCAGAACAGGUUACAAGGAACAGUCAAACUGAAGUCAUACUGAAUUUUGACAGAAGAUGCAUUGGAGUUACUAUGAAUUAACUGCUAAAUUUGCAACGCUGUUGCAAGCCUGUUACCCAUUCUAGUGUUAAUUUGAUACAUUUCGCAAAUGUUUCAUUUAUACUUGUUCUAGAAAAAAAUUAAAUGUCAC